AUGAGGUUCCUCAACGUGAAGACCUUGAAACUGCAUAGUUUUGAUGAUGCUUCUGCAUACCCGCCCUAUGCGAUCCUCUCUCAUUGCUGGUAUUCAUCGGAACAGGAGCUGACCUUCAAAGACUUUGAAGAUCUAAGUCAGCACACUUCAAAACCUGGAUAUUCCAAGAUCAUCAGCGCCUGUCAUGCAGCCAUCACUCAGGGCUACGAGUGGCUCUGGGUGGACAAUGUCUGUAUCAAUGGCGAAGACGCGGUUGAGAAGGAGGAGACCAUGAAAAUCCUUUACUCAAUGUUUUUAAAAGCAGGAGUUUGUCUGCUGUAUCUAAGCGAAAUACCCAAUGCAAAUAUCAAAGAUGAUGAUAAAGAGAUAUCAUCUUCAGAGAUACGAAAGAGUCGGUGGGUAAGUCGAGCAUGGACGUACAAAGAGUUGAUUCCACCGCACAAGUCGGUAUUUUAUGCCGCCGAUUGGUCUCAACUGGACCCAGAGUUUCAGGCUGAAAUCAAUACUAAUAUACUUGGAGUUAAUCAACACGACGACUCAAGAGACGACAAAGAACAGUCCCAUUUUCCGUCCGAAGGGCCGACAGGGGCUGGGUCACUGAGAUCGUUCCCAUCCUUCGACUCUGCUCAAAGCGUAGAUGAGGAGGACCCCUCAGUCUUUGAAGACCACAACCAAACUCCCCGCAGCCUCAACAGCCAGAGAAUAGAGAAUGGAUUUUUCAAACUCAAUCGUGUUGAUCUACCAAUGGAACCAAGGGAGGAUCUUCGGAUACGAAAUGUAUCAGCACUUAGGAUUGAUGAGAGAAACCAACGGGGGCUGGCAACUCUAUUCGAUAUAAACAGAGGUCCCAGUGACCCGCAAGCACAUAGUCAAAGCGGUAUCCGCAUCCUGAUUCUUGACAACGACCAUGCCGUGGGAAAUACACUAUCAUGGCUGCUAAAGCGUUUUAUCACGGCCCAAGUCACUGUUGACAGUGGGUACGUGGUCAACUUAAAGGGGUCAGGCUAUGACAUAGUCUUCGCUCGUGGGACGGGAGCUCCUCUGCUCUACAUGCCGCCAAAUUACAGUCACCGAGGGGCCGUUCGAAUACUAAAGAAAUGCCUUACUAUGCCACUUCCACCCUCUUCUGUUCCAGCAACGGUUUCAUUCGAUAUAUAUGGAGAAUACCAGGUCAUCUGCGAGUCGCAGAAGCAGGGGUACCUUACGGACCUUACAUCAGCAGUACUUAGAGUUGAGAAGGUCUACGAGAAUGACUUCACAUUGAUGUUUGGCGUCUCAUUUUCCGAUGGCUCCGUCCAUUGGCCACAAAUGUCGUUCUCAGAUCUCGCUUCUCACAACUCCUUCGGGGAGCCUGUAGCGCAAGAUCAGCUAUCGGGUCAUCCAAAUAUUAAUCUUGCAACUUCGAGUCUCUCUGAUUAUCAGCAGGCUGGGGACGACCUCCCAGAUGUCUACCUCCGUCCGAUAAAAGAAGGGGGGCCAUCCGAUAGCUACCCUCUCGAACCCGGUCUUAUUAACACCCAGAGCCCUUACACUUAUGGUAGUGUGCAGAGUGAGGACAUAGCCAAUAGCCCAUGUUCAUCGACCUUUGACCUCACAGUCCAGAGUCAUGAGACACGUCCGUCGACCGUUCCCACUUCUCUACCGCAUAAGCCCCAAAACUCAAAUGAGGCCUCGGACCCUCUGCAGACAACAGAGUGCCAAGCGGAAGGAGAGGGAAGUAUAUCAUCAAGUCAUCACAGAGAAGAACAGAACCAUUGGUCUCCUGGCGAGUCUGGAAAUGAUCGCGCUGAAUGCGAUACAGCUACAACGUAUUCCUUUGAUACGCUCUCUGAUGACCCUAAAUUUGUAUACUUCCAGGCCUUCAUAGAUCAGCUCGCUGAGGAUGUGAGAGCGGCGACUGACGGAACAAUUCUCCAAACCGUUGGGCGAGUGUUUCUCGACCAAACACUCCGAGACUUUGCGUGGAAGCUGCAUGAGGAGUCAACAAACCCAUUUCAACUUGAGACUUCUGUCAUAAUCCACAGAAAGAGGAGGAACAUUAUCGACCUCCUAGACUUUCAAGUUCCCGCACUUGAAGAAGCCGAAAGCGUGUCUGGCCAGAGUCUCGGGGACUCGGAGGCAGAAAAUGAAGAAGAAACUUCCACAGUCCCUUUCAAGAAGGCCGAAGAAAUGAUCGUUGACUGGAUAGUUGACGUCAAAUCUGGAGAACCCAGCGAACUUUCACAAAUGCCCCAGUACAGACAAUUUAUCCAGGGAUCCGAGGCUUACCGGUGGCUUUUGACAAAGAUCAGCCAGCAGAGUCGGCUAUCUUGCGAAGAGCCUAGCCUGAUGGACAAGAUUGGCAACACGAUCAGAGAAAAGUUGAAAGAAUGUAUUCCGCACCACAAAAUGAGCAGAAAGAAAGCAUCCAUCGAGUUCGAAGUGAGCUACUCUGUGAAAUUGGAUGUUGUUGGAUUAAUGGAGGGAUCCGGGAUUUUCUCCUCCUUUGACAAAGCCUUGCCCAACAUCCGUUGCUUGACUGGCAAAUGGGACGAAGCGCAAGCCACAAGUGUUGCAGAAUAUAUAAGCCAAACAUGGCCCCAGUCUGGCAGUGCCACUUUGUCCCUGCUACAAGACCUAUUAUCAGACCAAGAAAGGUUUUUGACAGUGCCGACUUGGCCUGAAACCGCUCGCCGGAGGGUUUCCAAUACUUGUCUUCUGGAGGGUACCAUGAACCAAGGCCAUAACAGGGAUGUUCGAUACAAAAUCCGGGUCAGAGGCGGCUACUACGCUAUUUCUGAGGUAGGUGAACAGAUUGCUUGGUUUGCUUCGGUCUUUCAAGUACACAAGUACGCCAGUUUUAGAUCGAUCAUGCCACAUGUCACCGAUUUCUCCGCCACGGCCUCCAAGAACAACAGUGGGAGCAUCAACGCUGUCAAGGGAAAGUGCUCCUUUUCUUUCUCCACUCUCUCCGAAACCGCUUAUAACCCAAGCCAAGGCUUCUGCUGGGAGCGGUUAUUUGGCUCUCUGAACAUUAUACGUGGCUACCCAACACUACGACGUUCAGUGCCGAAGUCUGGCCUCGAGGUGCCUUUGCAAUAUGCAGCGUCUAUAGUGGGAUCUUCUGAGGUUGUCCAGUGGGACAAGAGACUGGUAAUAAAAGGAUUCAAUAUGUUGAUGGUCGCUACACAAGUCACUGCUGAUGUCGUGGUAUGGCAUCUCCUCAUCAGUGAAGAGCCUGAGGAGAGGAUCUCAUACGUGGACCCGAGACUUGACCAUAUUGAUAUCAGAUCUUCCGAAGAAAUGUCCCUUCGGCACAUUGAAGGCAAACGUCACAUUAUUGGAUGGUGUACCAAAGCAACAGAUCUGUGUGGUGAGCCAAACCGACAUCCUGCUGCUAAUCACGAGAUCAAGCCUGGCGGUCUACCGAAGACAUCAGCAUCCAUUGUUGUAGACAAGCUAUACAUAGAAGGCGGAAGCCCUGUUACUGUUGGUUUCAUGCUCGACGUUAACAAAAAGGAGAAACCCUUUUGGCUACAAAGAGAAAAAGACUACCCGAGUCUACUUAAUUGGGUCAAACUGCAGCCAGUAGUUUUCUAUGAUGUUGAAGAACGUCGUGCAUGGCUUGUCGACGGUGCUUCUGCCCUGCUCCAUCUCGUCCGCAUUUCACUUCACAUAGACAUCAAUGACCCUGAAUCAGCCUACGACUGGGUCUAUGAUCCCAGCAAGCUGAGAGACCACUGGCCAGGCGUUGGAAGUCGCCAAGCGGCACUCCAGACUUUAAAGAGUUGGGAAAACAGGGAAUUAAAUGUUUACAUUGUUGAUAAGCACGUGGGCCCGAAUGGUGUACCUGUCACCAAGUAUUCGACCUUUGAAGAGCGGGUAAAGAGUAUUCUUCACUCGAUAGAGGUGUUGGUUGAUCGACAAGCCCAGACGGCAUCUCAAGAUGGUAUCAAGAUCUCACAGACCUUGGACCCACGUCGCGAUGUUGUCGGUUUCGACAUCGUGGAUGUCAUUGAUCCCUCAGUUCCAAUUUACCCGCGUAUUCAGCAUGUCAACUCAUGGGGACACGGGUGGAUCGACCUAAUACCGACUAUUGGUAUUACCACCCUUUUUGGGCGGGGAUUUGGAGAUCUUAUACGCGCCGACGAGCCUGAUUUGAUCUGCCCAAGCUGGAGAUCGGUUUCAGUAGGAAAAGACUAUCUUGCUGCAUCCAUAUCAACAAUGCAGAUGCUCCAUGAGAAACGCCUCCUUAGAAUGGAGCCGGGCCUCAUUGGAGGUGAACUGACUAAGAAGAUUACUUGGGUAGCGGCCAAAGAGGCAUCUCUGGAUUGUAAGUGCCUCCAGAAGCAAGGUAGUAGUAAUGUCCCUGCUCAGGCAAAGUGCAAUCACAACCCUGUCCAAUUCCUUGCGAAAAGAUGGUGGUCCCGUACUAUACCGCAUGGCUUGAGGCCUGUACAGUUAGGGUCUCUUGACCCUAAAGGGGCUGUGAUCUUUGGUCACACUGUUCUGGGACUAAGAACUGGAGAGAGGCUGGCACCGAAACAGGCAGACGACGAUGGUGCUGCAUCGAUAACCAGCGGCGAGCAGACUCAAGAUGCUUCAGCAACUGGCUCAGUCGUGAGUCAAACGACAUCCAUUACUGCCCCUAGUGUUGGCCAUUCCAGCCAGGACGCGGGGAGUGCUCAGCAGAGUUUGGAUAGUACAAGUAACGCGACAAGUGAGGGUAAGAAGAAGAGAUGGUCAAAAUUUAGGGAUUGGGUCAAAAGAUGA